AUGGCCUUCAAUGCUACUGUUACUAUCAAUGAGGUGCCCGUAACAAUCUUCAGAAAACUUUACGAAAUCGAGAGUCGACCGCUCGGAGUGGCUAUCUUGGUGCUAUUUGCCGUGACGUAUGCUAGUUUUGUUCUUACGAAGAGCUCACCAGAGGCAAAAGUUCCAUUUGUAGGCUUGGAGCUUGGAAGCCUGUCAAAGAGGAAAAAGAAGUACGUCACCGACGCCAAUGCUCUCCUCAAAGAAGGAAUUGUAGCAGGGCAGAGGUUUUACACUGAAUUGUGUGACUUCAAAGAUGAUGAACUAAGCUUCAAGGGGUCUAUCUCGGACCUUUUUGCAACCCAUUAUACUGGGGUUUUGAUAUCAGACGACUUGAAAGAACUCGCCAUAAACCGGGACUUAACUCCAGGAAUGGCAAGGCUUACGGAAACUCUUGAAGAUGAAGUCAACUACAUUGUUGGGAAGGAAAUAGGUUCAUGCAAAGAAUGGAAAGCCGUUAUUAUGAAUAAGGCAACUCAGAAUAUAAUUGCAUCUGUCACGGCACGAUCCUUUGUUGGAAUGGACCUUUGUCGUGACCCAGACUGGCUCCGAAUUUCAGUAGACUAUUGGAUGGAUGCUUUCGCAGCAGCCAAGUCGAUUAAAUUUUGGCCAGUGUUUUUGCGUCCGAUUGCAGCUCGUCUCAUGCCACAACCAGCUCGUAUGCAUGCAACCCGCCAAGAAGCCCAACGACUGGUGGUACCCGUCUUGAAAAAGCGCCUGGAUGCCAUGCAAAAUGAUCCAGACUAUCAGAAACCAGACGAUAUCAUGCAGUGGAUGAUUGAUAGACUCGGUGAUAAAGCUGGUACUGAUGAAGAGCUCCAUCAUCAGGCUCAUCUGCAAUUGGCACUUGCCAUGGGUGCUAUUCAUUCGACCAAUUUUACACUUUUGCAUGAGAUGUUUGAUUUGGCUGCCUAUCCUGAGUAUCAUGAGCCGUUGAGAGAAGAGUACAGAGAGGCCUUGAAAUCAACCGGUGGUAUUCUGACAAAAGUAACACUCAACAAGCUGUUGAUGUUGGACAGCUUCAUGAAGGAAUCGCAGCGCUACAAUCCUCCGGGUCUAACAAACGGUCGUCGCAAGACUCUGAAAGAUCUGGUUCUGUCCAAUGGUACAGUAAUACCCACAGGCAGUAAUAUUGAGCUUCCGGCCGGCGCUGUCAAUGCAGAUCCAUCAAUCUAUCCCCAUGCAGAUGAAUUUGAUGGCUUCCGUUUUUACAAGCUUCGUAAACGCAGUGAAGAUGAUAUGAACAAACAUCAGUUUGUGACUUCAAGCCGGGACAGCUUGAACUGGGGCUACGGACGACAUGCCUGCCCUGGACGGUUCUUCGCUGUUGAUGAGAUUAAAGUCAUUCUUAGUAAAAUAUUGCAGAGCUAUGACCUCGCGUUGGUAGAUCCAGCAGCUGGCCGAUACAAGAACUCCAGCUUUGAGACCAUGGUCAUCCCAGAUAUGGAAAAGGCUGUAAUGUUCAGAGAGAGGGCUGUCUAA